AAUCUGUCCCCACUUUUAGCGGGUGGGCUCCUCGUCUUAAAGCUUUGGGCCUCGUUCCCAUCUCUUUGCUCGAACCACCGAACUUGUCUUCUGCCCUUUCUCUUGCUCGGCCUCAUCAAAGAAGAAGAAAGGGGGGGAAAGAAACACCAUGAGCAUGCUCAACAUCUUUAAGAAGAAGAGGGACCCCUCGUCGGCCUCUUCCGGCGGUGUCGAUGGACGCGAAAAGAACGGCGCUGGGCUCACCACAUCGUCGGACAAGGCGCAGACGCCGGCAGCCUCUGUCCAGGAGAAUGAGCAGGAGCACGACAAGGACAAGGUGAACGAGAAGCAGGACGGUGCGGAUGGCGCGGCCAACGGGAGCGCCGUCGGUGGAGGCACGGGCGCGGGCAAGGCCAAUGGAGAGGCACGCGCAAAGACGGCUGGCAAGCCUGCGCGUCCCCGGCCGACGCUCAACGCCGAACAGCGACACUAUCUCCUCAAGACGCUGAUGCAGAUGCGCAUGCAGGAUGAGGCGCGCGACCUCGAGAAGCUGGGCACAUUGACAAUGUAUGGCGCGCCAUUUGCUGCGACGCGGCCUAAGCUCUCGCGCAUCAAGAAGGACGUCCUCAAGGACCUCGCCGACUUCAAUUACGGCAACAAGGACGAGGGCGGCGAGGUGCAGACGGAGGACGACGAUGCGUACGAAGGCAACGAUGCCGCGCUGCUUCGCGCGGAAAAGGUCAAGGACCCCUUUUUGCUCCGGCAUCUGUUCCACACCCACGCCCACACCUUUCCCGGGUUUGACGGGGCUCCGCAAAAGUUCUGGACGGAGCGUCUGCAGCCCUUCUUUGACGAGAUGGCUGCGCGCAACUUUUCGACGAGCGACGAGCGAGCAGAAAUGUGCAAGCGGCAGUUUUUCACCUUGGUCAUGACGCGCUUCCUGGGCAGCUUCGUCGCCCGCGGCGUCGGUGUGCGUGCACCCGGCGAGCUCAAGGGUGCCGGCAGGGGAGAACCAGGUAGCGAAAAGUGGGGCGUGGGCAAGCACUGGGGAAAAGGCACCGUGAAGCGCGGCCUCGACAAGCCUGCACGCAUCGACGAGGGCCUCAUGGCUGACAUUGACGGCCUCAUUGGCAGCUCGCAAAAGGAGCAGGAGGUGUGGCAGAGAGCGGGCAAGGAGUGGCACAGGAUCCAAAAGGACUGGCGGAGUUUCAAGGAGUACGUCGUCGAGACCGAGACGGGCAUCGACGAAAUGGUCGGCUACCUGCAGAUUGGCAAUUCGAGGAACCUGCCACCUCACCUCAAGAACUGCGUCGAAUACGCCAGGGUGUUUGUUGCUUACAUGGUCCACACCCUGUUUGUGGAGCUGCCCAACUCGGACGAUGUGUUCAAUAUCCUCAAGACGGUGCAUGCCCUGUUUCCCUACCGCCUGGCGAAGCUCGGCCUCAAGGUGGCCAACGCCGAGCUGUAUGUCCGUCCGCUCAUCUCUCUCUUCCUCGCUCGGCCCGCCGGGUCCAAGUCGCUCUUGCAGCGUUUCUUUGCUUCGUCCGUCUCCAAGGAGAUGGCGACGUUCACCAAGAACGCAGAGAUCCUUCGCAAGUCCAUCAACGACACCGCCCUCUCCAAGCGCAUCGAGUCGUACGUGCGCAGGGGCAGCCGUCCAGAGCGCAGAGCGAUGCGCGCCAAGGCCGACGAGGAAAAGAUCGAUGUGGUGACGGCCAUUCUCCUCUACGCAGGCGGUAAGUCGUCAGACGGAGGCCAGGAGCUGUCGGAGUCGCAGAAGGAUCACGUCAGGCGCAUGGAGGCAAGCUUCCUCGACAGCGUCUAUCGCAGUCAGCUCGAUGCGGCCUACCCUGCCGGGACGUCUGUGGGCAACGAGGCCACGCGCCGACCGUCGAUUGCACAAGACGAGGCGGCGACGAAGUUUGCGCAGCUCAAGCUGCUACUUCGCGAAGAGCUUAAGCGGAGGGAUCGCGAGCAGGCGCUCGCUGUCGGCAGCGGCAGCCUCGUCCCGACGCUGCUCAAGGAUCUCCUCGAGCUCGUCUUUUACGAUGCGCUCCGCAAGGUGUCGCACGCGACCGACCUCAGCCAGCAUCUGGGCAACCUUCAAGCGUUCCUCGAUGACCUCAUCAAAGUCCGCAAGUCAGGCGACAACACCAUCGAAUCGUGGAUCGCGCUGUGCGCACGGCAUGAGCAGUCGCUCUACUUCCUCAUCCAUGAGAUCGCCGAUGUGGCCGGCCCCAUGUGGGAGUGGACGCAGGGUGGGGCCGACUACAUGAGUCUGGGCACCGUGGACCCGUAUCAUCCAGCGGACCGCAAGGCCGGGCACCUGCAAGUGGAUAUCGAGAGGCUGCUCCAGGACCCGCGGCUGAGCGACGCCGAUGUCGAAUCGAUCAUCAAGGAGACAGACAACCUGGUCCAGUUCACGCGCUGGGUCAAGGUGCGAAACGAGCUCGAGAUGAGGCGAAACUACCUCUUGAACCACCCAGACGCGGCACCGCAGAGUGGCCUCUGCGCAGACGAUAUACCCACCAAGGAGAUGAAGGAUCGGAUUCAGGACGUCGAUGGGCUGAUGCGCGAGCUCAUGCGCAAGCGUGGCGUCAACGAGGACGACGGCCUCGUCAAGAAUGCCCAGCGCGGCACCGAGAUGGGCGAGUACCCGAUGCUGCACUUUAGCAUCCCCGACCCCUUGCGGCAGCACUACGUCGGCGACGAGCUUUCCGCCGACGACCAGCGGGAGCUCAAGUACAAUCCGAGGCUCGUUACGCCCACAUACCCGAGCAUGUGGGCCACGCGCAAGCUCAUGGCGCCCCUCUGCGAGAGCCUCCGGGCGCAGCUGCCGGACUGGAAGCAGUACGACCGGCCCUUCCGGCCGAGGGCGAGGCCGCCUCCCCUCGUCGGUUCAUUGAAGCGAACCGGUACGAUUUCUUGAGAGCGUCCCAUGUCCAUCCUCGUCUUGUUCGCCUUCAUCCCUCUAUUAUUUGCUGCCCUGCCUUGUCAUACCCUUGAAUACACUCCAGGCGCGAAAUGAAUCAAUGGCACUC